CGCCACCACCUCCGUCUCCAUCUGCAAUGUCCAUUGACCUGGACUGGGAAAAACUCAAUCGAGGGCUGGCCCAACAUCUUGUCGACGUUUUGAACAGACAGCUGGCAAGCACAGAAACCCCCUCCUUCAUCGGCCCUGUCCAAGUAUGCUCCCUCGACUUCGGCUCUGCAGCUCCAGACGUUGAGCUCGUCGACCUCCGAGACAUAUACCGCGACUUCCUCGAAGAUGACGAGGACACUCCCGAUGACAAGGACGUCAAAGUAACCGAGACCGACCCCAUCGACGACGAGGACGGCUACGAAUGGGUCUCCCGCCAGCCACCAAUACGCAGGUCAUCUUCGACCGAGUCGCUUGACACCAGACCCGACACUUCCCCGCCAGAGCCACCACAACCUGCCGCGCAGCCCAACCUGCAGUUGCACCUCUACGUGACCUGGAAUUCCGACCUACGUAUAACGCUCACAACGUCCCUGCUCAUUAACUACCCCUCCCCCUCGUUCAUGUCGCUCCCCAUCAAGCUCUCCGUUACCGGACUUGUGUUCAACGGAGAGGUUGCGGUCGCGUACGAAGGCGAGCGACGGCGUAUACACUUAUGCAUCCUCGACGACCUCGAUCCCUACGGCCCCGCAACCGCGAAGCGCAGAGACCCGACACCCCCAGAGCUGCUCAUGGACGAGAGUGAGCCCAUCACGCCCUCCCGUCUUCUUCCCUCCAUCGUCAUCGAGAGCGAGAUUGGCCAGGCGGACAAGCACGUCCUGCGGAACGUGACGCGCGUGGAGAAGUUCAUUCAGGAUAUGAUCCGCAAGACGGUCGAGGAGGAGCUCGUAUUCCCGAAUUUCCAUACCCUCGUCAUGGGGGACGGAUAG